AUGAGCAGAAUUUUAGAAAUAUUAUUUUGCACCCAAGUUUUAUCUGGAUUAGCUCUAAAGCAGCCAUAUGUCUGGAGAUUCUAUGCUAGGGAAACCUAUGAAAAAGGCAAUAAUGUCAUAACCCAUACCGUGGGAGUCGUGACCUGUCCCAACUCAGGCUGCAGAGGACUCAUGACUUUCACCAUCAAAACCGCUGACCUCGAGUCCCUAAAAAGAUGGUGGGGUCUAUCCCCUGCUCUCCGCUUGCUAAAGGAUCAGACAGAAGAUUAUUGCAAAAGGUGGGGAGACACUUAUGGAGGAUGUCCAUACAACAGUUGUCGGUUUCACUCUGCAACUAUAUGGGACCAGAUUUUUCCAAUACAGGACCCUAAUGACAAAGAAUGGGAAAGAGGAGUAAAAGGGAAAAUUCAUGUAAAUAUCUGGCAUAGUGGGCCGGUUGGAGACGUGUUUAUUGUAAAGGUCAGAAAAGCACAAAACCCUGCCCUAAAUACCAUCUAUCACAUCCAGUCAGUCAUAGGAGAUCAAGAAAAGACACUAACUAGAAACUUGGAAGGUCAAAAAGCAGUAGGUCCUUUCUCUUGGAUAAAACUAAUACAGCAGGGGGCGCAGCUACUUAAUCUAAUCAGUCCAGGCAGUUACAAUGACUGUUUCUUGUGUGCAUAUCUUAACAGGCCACCACUGACUGCAGUUCCACUUCAACAACCCCUCACUGUUUCCAAAGCUCAGGUCCCAGAACCCUUUUCUCUCCAAGGUGUUCCUCUAUUCCAGGACUCAUCCAUCGGAGCACUUAAGUGCUACGGACCACCUGGUUCCUGCAAUCAGACGUUGCCAUCCUCCGGAUCCAUCACCAGCCCGCCAGGAACUUUCUUUUGCUGUAAGCGGACUCUCUACCGGUCGGUAAAUCAUACCAUCCUAGCCCCUUGCUAUCUCGUGGCCUUAGCCCCCCAGCUCAUCUUGUAUCAACCGGGCGAGUUGAGUACGCUGCUUGCCCAAGAACGUCAGAAGCGAGCAGUCCUCCUCCCCUUGAUGGUCGGGUUAAGUUUCGCCACUUUAAUCAUCGGAACGGGACCGGGGAGUUCAGGACUAGCAGUCAGCCUCCAAUCCACCAAGGAGCUCCGGGAAGAGUUAAAUCAGGCCAUGGAUGCCUCAGCACUAUCUAUGGCCUUAUUGCAGAGGCAAAUAACUUCCCUAGCUUGGGUAGCCCAACAAAAUCGGUGGGCACUAGACUUACUCACCGAAGAGACGGGGAGAACUUGUCUUCUCCUACAGGAAGACUGCUGUUACUACGUCAACAAAAGUAGAAUAGUAGAGGAAAAUAUUGGCAAACUAAAGGACAUUCACCGGAGAUUGGGGAGCACGAGCUCCCCCACCGAAACCCACUCCUGGUGGCAAUCAAUCCUUUUUCCUAUUUUGGCCCCUAUUUUAGGCCCUCUUGUCAUCCUCUUUCUUGCAUUAACUAUAGGACCCUGUUUACUGAGCACGGUAGUGCAACAGAUAGAAGCAACAGUGACCCAACAAGCUGCUGCCAAGAUCCUUUCUCUCCAGAGACACCACUACUGGAGAUUACGGCCAACUCAAAUGGAGAGUGAAUAUGCGGACUACGACACUGAUGCUAGAACAGACACCAGUGCUGUUUAG